GUGGGGACCCGCACUAGGUAGGACUUGCGGCCGCCCUGGAAGUGCUCGCUGCAGACGCGGUGGCCCGUGGUGGGCUGAAAGGUGCUGAAGCAGCCGCUGACGCCCGCCCGGGAGACGUUCUUCAGCCAGAGGCGCCGCAGCUCCUCGUCCUUGGGGAAGGUGUAGAAGUGCAGCGCCUUGUCUCGGUGCGAAUUGUUGUAGCAGCCCGGCACACAGCAGGUGAAGCCCGGCAUGGCUGGGCCGGGGAAAACGGCCUCGAGGGGGGGGGCCCACCGAACUACAGCUCCCACAAGGCCAACCGCGACCUCUUGCCGCCGGCCGACACCGCCCGCCGCGGCAACACCGGAACUACGCGGACCACAAUGCACCACGGCGACAGCGCCGAGCCGGAACUACCCGCCCCACACUGCGCUGCUCGCCCGCCCCCGCCAGGGCCCCGCCCACUCCCGUGAGGCGCCGCGCGGGCGCGCGCGCGCUCUUAGAGUGCCGUGACCGCCUAGGUUAGUGGUCGCUAUGUCCGCCGCGGCUUGAUUACCGGAGCGGCAGCCAUAUUCACCCGCCGCUCAUCCGCCCGCGUCUUGGUCACCAGAGAGGCCGCCAUGUCCGCCAGCCGCUCAUCCUCCCGCCUCUCGUCCACCGGAGCGGCUGCUGGUCUGGCCCGCCGCUCAUCCUCCCGCCGCUCGACCAGCGGAGCAGCAGCCAAGUUGAUGGAUGGGGCCCGGGAGAGGAUACAGGAAGAAGUAAGGGGAGAGAAAGCCGAGACCAGAUCUAAUCGAAAAAAGAAUUUGAUGAGGCAGGGGCCACUGUUAUGUGAUGUUACUAGUGACACACCACGGACUUUGAUCAAGAAAAUCAUCCACAUCUUUCCACCAGCUUCACCUGUGGUACCUGACGUAUCAAAACAUGAAGAACCAGCAGUGGCAGCAGAAGAAGCUCAAGCAGAACUCCCAGCUGAGGGGUUUUCCAACAUGGAGGAAAUGCAGCUGCCAGAGCUUGUUCCUGAGGAGAGAGCUGUCUUCACAUGUCAUAUGAAUAAGGAAACAAAGCAACUCAAAAUUUCUGAAUUUGAGAGAGCAGUAAACCAACAACUUGCCCAGAACCAAGUGCCAUCACUGCUGGACAGCACUGUGGCUGGCAUGUCUCUCGGAUACUUGGUCCAGCCAGACACUGUUGAAAGGAGACACCUGUGCCGGAGGCCAAAGAAUCGCAAACCUGUUGACAUAAAAGCUUUUGAAGACAAAGUUGAACAGGAUAUGCUGAGGAGAAAAGCACAGAGCUAUCCUGUGGACUCAGAAAUGUCACCUGCAAGUCAAACAACCAGGCUGACAAGUGUGGGUACAGGAGAGAGAAGGAUGCAAGGAUAUUCUCAGGACUUAGUUCUUGAUCACGAGCAUGUUUAUAGUACGACUCCUGUAUCUUCAAAAUCGCCUGAAAACCCACCAGAAAAUAAGCAAGAUCAUUCCCAGUGGACUAACGCAAUGGAUCAGCUUUCUGUUUCAGAAGAAGCAGUGGUUGGCAAAGCAGCCCCUUCAGAAGAAGAGGGAAUAGCAGAAGGAGGCGUUGAAUACCAAGACUCUCCUGAAGCUGAGCGUGAUAUUGCCCAAGGUAUUGGAGCUGGAAGUCUGAGUAAGCAUUCUAAUCCUACCUUCUCUGAAAAAUCUGGGAUGGAGCCCUUGAAAGAUGCUGUUGAACAAGCAGAUGAACUAGAGGACCAGUUUAUUUUGGUAGAAUUGGGUGGUCUAGAAGAAGAGCCUAUUGAGAAUGAAGCUGAAGAUGCUGAGAAUGAAAAUGAUUUCAUGAAGACGCCCCCAUUUAUCCAUGCUGCAGCCUGCAAGCCACCAACUCCAUCACUUGCAAAACCUGCUGCUCCUGAGCCUCCUCUGCAGCCACAGCAGGCAGAGCCAGUUCUAAAGUGCUCACAGAAAAAAACAUUGGAGCCUAAAAUGCCAAGUAGUUUGGUAAAGAGAGUAUUUAAGGACUAUGUGAAAAUGCCAGUGGCCACAGAAUCAUUCGGAAUUGUUGAAAAAUGCACCAAGAAAUACUUCAAGCGGCUCUGGAGUGAUCUAGCAGCUUUCGCCAACCAUGCUGGGAGGAAGACAGUGGAAGCGUCUGAUGUGGAAGUCCUCAUGAGAAGACAAAGGCUGGUGACAGAUGAGAUACCGCUGCAUGUGCUGAUUGAGCGUCACCUCCCUAUGGAUUAUAGGAAGCUCCUGAUUCCAGUUGCUAUGAGUGGAAAUAAAGUGAUCCCUGAAAUUAAACACAAAGGCAGCUGCAGGGUACGGAAAGAUGCCUGAUGGCUGGCACUGCUCCAUGCAGUGUUUUUUUUACCAGUAACCAGUGGGGCAGUGAGCGGUCAAUGUCUCCUGGAGAUGAUGUUGUGCUGUGGCUGUCAUCAAUUGUUACCACAAAUAAUUUGACUGUCCUGAAUUUGUUGUAACCUCUGAAUGUUUGUACAUCAUGAUAAAUAAAGUAUGUGUUCUGCACAACGCAAA